UGGAGCGCUUCACCAUUUGCAGUCCAGUGAAGAACGAUAGAGUACAGUAAGUAGAUAGAUAGUGGGAUAGACGAGGUAAAGCAAGCCAACUUGGUCGCUCGCCUGCCUGCAUUCCUUCUCAAACCGAAACCUAUCCGCUGCGGUACAAGUCUAUGUUUGAAUCGCUGCAGCUCAGAAAGAACAAGCACAUUUUGAGAUAAAGUGUAUAUCGCGCAGGAGGAUCCUAUCAAACGAAGGAGUAACCGUGAGAGAAGCACGAGAUACGGAGACAUGGCUGCGACAACCUGUACACGUUUCACGGACGAUUUUCAGCUAUACGAAGAGCUGGGAAAGGGAGCGUUUUCAGUGGUGCGCAGAUGUGUCAAGCUGUGUAGUGGACAAGAAUAUGCCGCCAAAAUAAUCAACACCAAAAAGCUAUCUGCAAGAGACCACCAGAAGUUAGAGAGAGAGGCCCGUAUCUGUCGCCUGCUCAAGCACUCCAACAUCGUCCGUCUCCAUGACAGUAUAUCAGAGGAAGGAUUCCACUACCUCCUGUUUGACUUGGUGACUGGAGGGGAGUUGUUUGAGGACAUCGUAGCCAGAGAGUACUACAGUGAGGCUGACGCCAGUCAUUGUAUCACCCAGAUUCUAGACAGUGUUCAUCACAUUCACCAACAUGACAUAGUGCACAGGGACCUGAAGCCAGAGAAUCUGCUCCUAGCCAGCAAAUGCAAGAAUGCUGCCGUCAAGUUGGCCGACUUUGGCCUGGCCAUCGAGGUACAAGGAGAUCAGCAAGCCUGGUUUGGAUUUGCUGGUACACCGGGAUACCUGUCCCCUGAGGUACUGAGGAAGGAGGCAUAUGGCAAACCUGUGGACAUCUGGGCCUGCGGGGUGAUUCUGUAUAUCCUGCUAGUGGGCUACCCUCCCUUCUGGGAUGAGGACCAGCACAAACUGUACCAACAGAUCAAAGCUGGGGCCUACGAUUUUCCCUCUCCAGAGUGGGACACAGUCACUCCAGAGGCUAAGAACCUGAUUAACCAGAUGUUGACCAUCAACCCUGCCAAGAGGAUCACUGCCCAGGAGGCCCUCAAACACCCAUGGGUCUGCCAACGUUCUACAGUGGCGUCCAUGAUGCACAGACAGGAGACAGUGGAGUGCCUGAAGAAGUUCAACGCCCGGAGGAAACUCAAGGGGGCCGUUCUCACUGCUAUGCUGGUUUCCCGUAACUUCUCAGUGGGCGCUCGUUCCGCCACCGCUCCAAUCAGUGUCAGUGCAGCAGCAGCAGCAGCAGCAGCCGCAGCAGCGGGCACCACCGGUGGGCUGGUGGAACAAGCAGCCAAGAGUUUGCUCAACAAGAAGGCAGAUGUCAAGCCCCAGACACCGCAGACAAACAGCACCAAAAACAGCAUAGUCACCAGCCCCAAAGGAAACGUCCCUACUCCUGUUCUGGAGGCUCAGACCACUGUUAUCCAUAAUCCAAUGGAUGGAACUAAGGAAUCAACUGACAGCAGUACCACUGUGGAGGAUGAGGAUGUGAAAGCCACUAAGCUGCCAGACCUGUUUGGCGUUGUACGCAGGGCGUCAGGGCCCAUGUCUGACAGGGAGGGGGGCACCAGCACACCCCCUCCAGCUGCCCCCUCCACCGCCUCCCCACCCAUGGCACACACCCCCAUGCAGCUAUCCCGUCUCUCAGACCUAGUGAGCAAUGUUCGCCGGUCGUCCGCCCCAUCCUCAGCUCCCACUCCACCUGCGCCCGCCGAGGCGGAGGUGGUGCCAGCUCCCAGGCCCACCCCCCACCCAUCACACCCCACCUCCUCUCCUCCCCCCAUGUCCCUCUCCAGCCUCACCCUCACCUCCCAGACACGUAAACAAGACAUCAUUAAGAUCACUGAACAGCUGAUCCAGGCUGUCAACAAUGGAGACUUUGAGGCAUACGCUAAGAUCUGUGAUCCUGGUCUGACCUCCUUUGAACCCGAGGCCCUGGGAAACCUGGUGGAGGGAAUGGACUUCCACAGAUUCUAUUUUGAGAACCUUCUGUCUAAGAACAGUAAACCUAUCCACACCACCAUCCUCAACCCCCACGUCCACCUGAUUGGAGAGGACGCUGCCUGCAUCGCCUACAUCCGACUCACCCAAUUUGUCGACGGCCUUGGCCAUCCACGCUCCAGCCAAUCAGAGGAGACUAGGGUGUGGCACCGCCGGGACUCCAAGUGGCAGAACGUCCACUUCCACUGCUCGGGCGCUCCUGCUGCGCCUCUCCAGUGAUGUACGUGAAAAAGGGCCGCAUUCGGUCUUCGACGAGGAGGAGAAUGCCAAAGCCAUGUCUGACGAGUGCUCUGCUGGAGAGAGAGAGAGGGAGGGAGGCGGAGAACAUGUCCAGUGUUGGGUGGCUCUAAUCCUGCAGCACCAGACCUCUCGCACACCGGAUACCCAGCAUGCAUCUCUUCUCUACAACUACCGCCCCCUUGUCUGUCGCCGUCUGCCACUGACAACGCCAUCUCAACAACCAACCAUCCAACAACCCCAACCCACUGUACCCACUGACAACACCAUCUCAACAACCAACCAUCCAUCCAACAACAGCAACCCACUGUACCCACUGACAACACCA